AGAAAAUGGCGUAAUUUUUUUACUGCCAAAGUGUAAUUGUAAAUUCUUGUUUUGUUGUUGACGCAAUAAUAUAGCAUACUAAUAAUAUAAAUAAAAGAGGUAAUUCCUUAUUUUACGCAAUACAUUCCAUAUUUUCUAUAUAGGAUGGACCAUUUGGUUUUAAUUAAUUUGGUGUGACACCGAAAUCAAUCUAGUUCUUUUAAUUAAUAAUUGAAUUAGUUAGUAUCAGUCAGGCCUGCCUAAAUUUAAUAUGGAAAUGGAUGGAUUUGCAAAUUUAACUCAAUUAAGUUUUAAAGUUUUAACUGUUUUAAAAUGUAAGAUUUGGCUGGUUUGUUUAUUGAACAAAACGUAAUAUGUAACAAAGAACCAGAUUUAAUGAUAAUACAGUAAAAGAUAAAAUAUUUUAUUUAAUUAUACUAUACUAUACUAAAUACUAAAUUUAAAUACUAUUAAUAAUUAAGUCAUUAAGUUGAUAUCUGAUAUAUAUAUAGGCCUAUGCCAAUCCUAUAGGCCUACUAUUAUACUAUACUAUACACUUAUACUAUAUACGAAAUCAAAUAUAGCCUACAGAAAUAAAAACUAUAUUAACUUACAUGAGUAGCAGAUGAGAAUGUAUUAAUAAUUAAAUGUAGGCCUAUAACGAUACAAAUAUUAAUUAUUAAUACACACUCUUCACACAGUAAAAUCUUGUAAAAAGUUUUAAGGCUCCUAACUCCUAAGUAUAUUAAAUUAAAAGUCUCAUAAUCAUUCAUAAUGAUAAAUGUCAAUGAAAUCAAGCAAAUCACUGCUGCCUGGGAAAGCUGCCGGGAACCCUCCAGAAAAUAAAUUCUAGAAAUUGCAUAAUCCCAGCGCAUUCUCUACCCUCCAUUAUUAGAAUAUAUUAAAACGUAUUAAAACAACCUUUUCCCAAUCCAUGGAGAGGUGGAAAGUUGUUGAGUGCUACACUUUUAUCGGUGACGUCAAUAUCAAAACAAAAAGAGGGCAGAUAAAUGAACAAGAUUUUGGUCAACACACGGGCUGUAACAGACCAUUACACUGUGUAAUUAUUAGCACAGUUUAUACAUAUACAUAUGUCUUAUAAAAGUAUUAUUAAUAAUAUUAAUAUAAUCAUACUGUCCACUGCCUAGUCUGGCUCCUGUCUAGUGUCAAAAUAAUACACUACACUUGACUACACAGGUGAAAGUCAAAAGUCAGUGUGAGUCAUUAAUGACAUUAGGGCUGCCGGUACUUAGUCUUUGAAAGAUUAUACUUUUAAGGUGUAGGGUAAAAAACGAACAUUAUAACAACAGUGCUUUCAGUGCCAACAUCACAUUAUUCACAUACAUAUAUAUUGAUAGUAAAUUGCUUAAAUGUACCCGUACAAAAAAUGUAAAAAAAGUGCUAGCUACCCCCUACACAGUGGCAUAUGAAUUAUGAAGAGUUGGGGGGGGGGGGGUUCAGGUAGUCCCCCACCUAUGGCACUUGUUUUCUUUUUAUGAAGGGACUGCCUUUUUGGGCAACUGCAGAGUUUUACGUUUCGACAGAUGUCAUAUGAAUUAUGAAGAGUUGGGGGGGGGGGGGUUCAGGUAGUCCGCCACUUAUGGCACUUGUUUUCUUUAUAUGAAGGGACUGCAUUUUUGAGCAACUGCAGAGUUUUGUUUUGUGGAAGGGCGGCAAAAAUUUUGGCCAACACUGGAUGUCACUAACUUCACUAAUGCCACUCCCCCUGUGGUUGCAAAACUAACAGUAAAAGGACCAAAUAGAUAUUAAACUAUUCAAUUUUAACUAGACUUACUUUUUAACUUACUAGUUAAUAUUGAAUAUAACGUAAGCCAUAAAAUAAACUAGUAGUUGGCCUAAAUGAGAAUCCAUUAUAAUCCAAGAAAUGGAAUGUACCAAUACGCCAAUAUUUAACUCAAAGUGCUGCUCAAAACCAAGAAGCUCCUUAUUCAUUAUGGUAACAGAAUAGAUUUCAUCCUUCUCCAUUGGCACUUAUUUUUUCAAAGGUUUGAAAAAUUACAGAACAGACCAUAGACAUAUCUUAUAAGCAUUUUGCAAAAUUCAAAUCUUAGUUUUCAGCUUGAAGUUUGGAAGUCGAUGACAUCCAUCCUUGCUCCUCAAAUAAUUUUCAAUUGCUUCCAUAUGAUUUUUACUUUUCCUCAAUCCUGUCCAUCUUAGCCUAAGCAUUUAUUAGAAAUGUCACAAAUAACUUGCAUUGUUGGCUAUGCUGCACUACCAUUCUGUAACAAAUAAGAAGGAAUCAAUUAUUGCACCCACACACAGCAAGCCACAGAUAGUUUUUGCAUGACAUCAACUAAUGCUUAUAGUUACAAAUGAAGAAAAUGGAGAGAGUGCUGAUUGGAUAGAAAAGAAGAGCUUGAUCUAAUUGGAAUAUCCAUUCCACUAGAUCAGGAGUCUCAAACUCAAAUCACCCGGGGGCCGCAUGAGGUGGAGUCCAACUGAGACUGGGCCGCAUCAAGUAUUCCACAAAAGCGAUUACAAAUUCAAUAAAGUGCAACUGUUACAAUCUGCUCAACCUUUAUUAAUACAGUAACACAUAAAAACAUUAAGCCUUUACUUUAUUCCCUUUCUUCCUCCUACUCCUUGUUGCCAGAGACCUGGCAGCACAUCUUCUGACACAGCUGAGCAACAUUUGGCUGGAGUGAGGAAGCAACUGAGACCCUCAGUAUAGCUUGAAGAUGCUCAUCAGGAAGUUUGGCCCUGAAAUUUGACUUGUUAAAGUUCUUUAUGGAAAAGGGCUUUUCACACAGAUAGGUACUCCAAAAAAGACACAUGAUCCGCUUGAACAACCUGGAAAUCUCAGUGAAGGUGGAGGGCAAUGCUCUUAUAAAUCGUCCAUACUAUUCUGUUUUUCCAUUCAUCUCCCUGAACUGAGAACUUCACUGAAGAUCAAUCAGCACCAUUUGAAGCGGAACACAUUUUUUUUGGGGGGGGGGGGGGGAUUCUUCCACUGAGAAAGUGUCAGCAAAAAGCUGAUAAGUGGCUCUGUGUGUUUUUAAGUCUAAAAACAUGUGAUCGAAUUCUUCCUAUAGCUUUGCAAUGGCAUCAGUAUACUUACUACUUAAUGGUGUGCCCGAUUCAAUGAGUACUUUGCAUGUUGGGAAAGGGCAGAGGUUUAUCUAAGAGCCAUACACACGUUAUGUGCAGAAUGCCCUGACAGUGUCAUAGGCAACACUAACAAUCUACCUCUGGUCAUGUAACUUCUUGUUGAGUAAAUUCAGCUCCUGUGUAAUGUCAACAAGAAAAGCCAAGUUCAUGAGCCAUUUGGCAUCUUUUAGUACAGAAACAACCACCUCAUCCUUCUCCACGAAGGCUUUAAAUGCUAAAAUGUGUUAAACAGUAGACUGGAGUAGGUAAUAUGUAUGUAUUAUUGAUGCGAAGGAAGAUGCUAUUGUAAGGAAAAUGAAUUUUGAUAUUUUAUCGUAGAAAAGGCGUUUUUGACUAACCCUAUUUUGAAAGUGACCAAGCUGACAGGCUCGUAAUUUCCCUCACUCGUAAACACUAGUGGCAAUUUUAAUUGGGAUUCUUUGAUAUUGUGUCAGAUUGCUACGAUUUACACGAUUAUGGUUGUGUCUUACCCACCUACUGACUUUUUAAACUUUUCUCAAAACCUUAGUUUGGCAAGUUUGUCUCACAAAAUGCUAUAAAACUUUUAGUUCGAUUUUAAAAUGGUUUUUACCUUACACCAUGUAUAAUCAUCGUCCAAAACUUUACAAACAUAAUAAAAAUCAGAAUUAGACUAGUCGGUGGGAUUCGACUGAAACCGUUGCGGAGGGUCACACAAUAGAUAUAAGAAAGGGGAAAACGCGUGGGCUGCAUUAACACUAAACUUUGUUGUCAUGUGGCGGGUGGCAAAAUAUCGUCUUGCGGGCCGCGAGUUUGAGACCCCUGCACUAGAUGAAGUGAUCCAUGUUCUACCUAAUUAUUCCAUGAAGGAGCAUUUUUCUUAGACCAGGAGAUAAUUAAGAGGCAAUCAUUUAGAUUUGCAAUAAAACAUUGGUUGAAGGCGGUUAUUAUAAUAUUUCUACACCCUCCAUUUUCUUAUUUUAUCUACAAAGUUUCAAUUAUUUUAUGGCUAAAACAACUAUUUUUUACAAGAUUGUGCAUAGGAAAUUGACGUUUUAGCUAGACAUUUAGAUGCUAUUAAAUUUUAUCAUUCUGUGUAUGUUGGGCAGCUGUUGUUGGAAAUGGGUCUUAAUUAUUUUAAAUCAAGCAAAAUAAAAGUUAAAAAGCCCACAGUUAUCAAAUGUUUCACUCUGAAUACUUUUAGUACCAUAUCAACGUGUUAUAGUUGUUUAAUAUUUCCCAAGAUGGCCUCACCUGUUAGAUGUUCAAGCAAAAUUUAUUUUUAUUGUUGUUUUUCAAUAAAGUUGUUAAAAAAAUUAUUUUUAUCAUAAGAAAUGAAUGGCCAAUAAUUAUCAUAAGCAUCUGAAGCAUAUCAUCUAGAAAAGUAAUGAACUGCUUUAUUAUGAUCAUAAGCUUUGCAAGAAAUGUGAUCUAGCAAAUUGUUGAACUGCUAAUAUUACUAAUAUGUUAAGUUAACAAUGUGAACUGCUUAUGUAAAGUGAACUAUGUGAACUACUAAUGUAAAGUGAGUGAACUACUAAUGUAAAGUGAACUGCUAAUUUAAAGUGAACUGUGUGAUCUGCUAAUGUAAUGUGAACUACUAAUGUAAGUCAACUAUGUGAUCCAUCCAAUUAUUGACCUGCUGCUCGUGUAAAGUGAACUAUGGAUUCCAGUUGUUAGGUUCAAACUGCUGGGUGAUGUGUUUUCAAGUAAUUACUCAAAGUAUUGAUUCAGACAGAUCUUCGUUAUCAAUGUAGAAGAAGUGCAUGUGUAUAGACUAGAUCUUAACAAAAUAGAAAUCUUUGUAUUUGGUACAGUACAACCAGUAUUUGGUACAGUACAACCAGAUAGACAAAAUACACAUAUUUGUAUAAAGGUAUUUCAGCUAUCUGCAGUUUAUACUGUGUCCCUUUUGCCUUUUCUAACUUUUUGGUAUAAUUUAUUUUUUCAUUACAAAAUUGUUACAUUUGAAAAUAGAAUGCUAUCUACAAUUUUCCUUAGAUAAAAUUAAGAGAUAAAUAAAAUAUGUUUGAUUUUAACCAAAAAACCACAUUCUGCAGUUUAAUGAAUAAUGAAAAACCUCAUUCACCACAACCUGUGAAUGUUUAGCUCAGAAAAGUAAACAUUUGUUUAUAUUUACCAACCUUAUGUUUGUAUUUAGUCAUCAAAUCAGGUUGUUGUUGGAUUGCAAUUUUCUGUUGAAUAAUGCAUGGAGUUUCCAGUACACUUUUGGAUGGUCUGGAAUUUAUAUGAUACAAACAUUAAUCCUUCUCUGUGUUAAUAUAUGAGGAAUUGUGUUCAAGCCCAGCCGUGUGAAGUAAAUGAAUAGUGGAACAGGAUAUGUUUGGGCUUGAAAUAAAUACAGGACAAGAUUAACUAUCAUGUUUACAUUGACUUUGUUCUAUUAUUUUGUAUCAAGUUAUUUCAUUGUAUUUGCUCCAAAUAGCAUGUUUGGAGAUAUUAUUGUACUUUUAACGUUGAGAAUGUGCUUUUCUAAUACAAGUGUCAUCUUUUAUAUAGUAGAACAGGAUGUGUAAACGCUUGAACGGUAAGACAUUACAAUCAAAAGAAUGUUCUGACUGAAAGCCUUUAUCGGGAACAAAACAUCAAGAAAUAAAAAGAGGAUGAAAAGAAAUCUUUUAUUUAUAAAGUUUAAUUUUCAAACCUGUAUCUGUACCUCAAUAACGUGAUCUAAUUUUUGUAUAUAUACAGGUUGAGGUCGUGUCUUUGUUUGUCUACUUGUCGAGGUUGUGUCUUUUUGUCUACACACAGAGGUCGUAUCUUUGACUUGUAGUCUUCAAAUUUUUUCAUAUUAAUUCUUAUCUUAAUAUUUUUAUAUUAACAGGGUGUUUUGAAAUUAGCAUCAUGAGGCUCCAGCAGUUAUGACACAAACGAUGACCGAUUAGCAAAUAACGAAACAACUCUGCACCGCCAUUUAACUGUCUGGUCAUGGAGGGCUGCUGUUUAACUAUCUGAUCAUGGAUAACUGGGUGCCCAACCCUCAGGCUAAACCGUUUCUACCUCACUCAAGAUACAGAUACAACCAUCUUGGUGGUGUCACUGUACGAGAUCUGACAGGCCGAAGGUGCAUUGGAAAGUUUUUCAAGGUUGGAUUCAAUUCAAUGUUAUCUGUCUUUUUUUUAUUAUUCACUGGGGAGGGCACUGUACUUUCUGUGUAUAUAAAAACUUAUUUAAAACUUGGGGAACUGUAACUGACAAACUUAAAAGAAUGAAGAAUGGUCAGACGCGAAAAUACAAGAGCUGGUUGUGCAUCAUAAAAUUAUCUUUAAUCGCAUGCUCCCGGAAUUUAUUUUGAAGAUGUGAUCAUGUAUGGUGCAGGAGUUUUUCUUCACAUCAUUCAUCUCAAUAUCAUGCUCCAUGUAUUUAGUUUGAAGACUUGAUCAUGCAUGGUGCAGGAGUUUUUCUUCACAUCAUUGAAUAUCAUGCUCCAAGUAUUUAGUUUGAAGAUGUAUUGUUCAGGACGUUUAAAAAAACUGUGGCAUCAAAACGUUUAACAAGUGUACAGGUUUUUAAAAAGUUCCCUGAAACAUAGUCUAACUUAUAUACUUGAACGGUUGAUUUUACCAGCUAGAAGAUUUACCACAGUGAAGUUCCUCUCCUGCAUUGAUUGAUUUGUUCAAGUCAGUAACAGUUGUGCUCAGUUAUAGGCACAGCAGCAAUUAGAAAUAUCUUAGCAAAAAUCCAUGCUUGUAAAGUGGGAAAUUCUACACACUAAAAUUGAUCCAAAUUAUUUACUAGUUAAGUGUUAGUUGCAGGUCAAAAUUUUCACUACUCAUGUUUUUAAUUGGCCUUAGAAAAUUAACUUCUGUAAAAUCCAUAUGCAGCCAUAAUGUAUAGAGUUUAAAUAAUGUUUUUCGGCACAAAACAAUGGUCAUCAAGCUCUCUACAUAGCAGGCCUGUUCAGAACCUUCGCUCUUUACCUAGUUGUUAUUGCUAGUAGAUCAGUGGUUCUCAACAUGUGGGUCAUGAACUUCAGCAAUUUGAUUUUUUUUUAAAUAUUUUUUUAAUCUUAAUUGUACCACAUUUCAUUUUGAAAUUUAAAUGCUAUUAUUAUUGACAAGGAUCGGGUCAUUGUCUUAUUAUGGACACUGUGACAACUCUACAGUUCCUUAUAAAAAGAUUCAUUCCGUAGAUAAAGACGUCAAGAUUUAUUUUUAAUAUUUUGACAAUUAUUUUAAUUUUAUUAAUUACAUUUAUAUCAUACUGAUUUUUUUCCGAAUUUUUAUUUUCUUGUGUUUGGUUUUUUUUACUUUUGUUGCUUAAACUUUAGGCUAACAUUGGUUUAAAAUCGUUUCAUUCUUUUAAAAAGUAAAAAAAAAAACACCAAUGACUAUAAAAAUUUGAAAAUUGAUCCCAAUGGAUUUAAUAAGCAAGCAAGUAUUUUUUAAAAAAAACUAUAAGCUAUACAUGAAUUUAAAGUCAAUAAGGGCCCAAUAAACAGCCACUUAACGUCUCAACACUUGUUUCUCAAUUCCUGGUUGUUGGUCGCCGCAGCUUGGCAAAUGUAUCGGGGGGGGGGGGGGGGGUCACGGCACUACACACUGAACACACCCCAAUCUUUGUAUUAAUUAGCAUAUGUGAAGAGUCAACACGCCUCGUGAACAAACAGCACACCUCCAUCUUUGUAUUAAUUGAUAUUCGUGAAAAGGCAACAUACCUCAAUCUUUUUAUUAAUAAAGCACUUGUGAACAGUCAGCUCACUUCCAUCUUUGCAUUGAUUAACAUCUUUGUACAGUCAACACACCUCGUGAACCGACAAUACCCCUCAUCCAACUUUGUUCUUGCAUUUCAGGCUGGGCUGCUUGUUAUCUUGUUGAUCACUGUAGCCAUCAAUCUUUUGUACAUCUUUGACACCAGUAAAAAGUUAUCCAAUAAAGAACAGCCGAUCAGUAAGUUAUGUCAUCAAACUGUCCUGUUGUAGAAGGAUUUAAACAAGGGCUAAUUCCAUUAUUUCAUUUUUUUAAUAAAUGUGAUUACUUGCUAGUCAUGCAAAGGAACCACUUCAUAAGAAUAGAGCCAACGUGUGCUUUAACAUGGGUAGUUUAUUUAGUUGUUUUUUUCAAAAAUCCAAUUAUCAUUUUUCUAUCAGCUUUUGAACAAAAUAUCUGUUAUUUCACACAUUUCCUUUUAUAACCAAAAACUAAAAUUACCCGUGAAACAAUAUCAAUGAAAUAACUAUAAAGAAUUGACAUUUUAUUGAAAAUGAUUAAACAACUAAUUUUGGGCAUAGAAUUUGAUAUUAUUUUUUUUAUCAAUUUAUUCCCACAGAUGAUAACACAGGAACUGAAGAAACACACAAAACUGGCAGUCACAGCCAAUCUCGAUCUGUUUUCAUUGAUGUGAGGUCAAGCAAGGAGUCUGUAUUUAUAGCAGUUGAUGGCACCACAGUAAGAUCUAUGGACAAUCUCUACUGGUUCUUAAGCACAAUCUCUACUGGGGGUUCUUUAGCACAAUCUCUACUGGUUCUUUAGUACAAUAUCUAAUGAUUCUUUAGCACAAUCUCUGCUAGUUCUAUAGCACAAUCUCUAAUGGUUCCAUAGUACAAUUGCUUAUGGUUCUUUAGCAUAAUCUCUGAUAAUGUUUUAGCACCUUCUCUUCAGGCUCUUUAGCAUAAUCUCUACUGGUUCUUUAGCACAAUCUCUACUGGUGGCUCUUUAGCACAAUCUGUACUGGUUAUUUAGCAUAAUCUCUGCUGGUUCUUUAGCACCUUCUCUUCUGGUUCCUUGGCACAAUAUCUGAUUCUUUAGAACAAUCUCUAAUGGUUCUUUAGCAUAAUCUCUGCUGGUUCUUUAGCACCUUCUCUUCUGGUUCUUUAGCACAAUCUCUAAUGGUUCUUUAGCACAAUCUCUAAUGGUUCUUUAGCACAAUCUGUACUGGUUAUUUAGCAUAAUCUCUGCUGGUUCUUUAGCACUUUCUCUUCUGGUUCCUUGGCACAAUAUCUGAUUCUUUAGAACAAUCUCUAAUGGUUCUUUAGCAUAAUCUCUGCUGGUUCUUUAGCACCUUCUCUUCUGGUUCUUUAGCACAAUCUCUAAUGGUUCCUUAGCACAAUCUCUACUGGGGAUUGAUUAGCAUAAUCUCUGCUGGUUCUUUAGCAUCAUCUCUGCUGGCUUUUUAGCACAAACUCUACUGGUGUUUUUUUGGCACCGUCUCUACUGGUUCUUUAGCCCAAUCUCUCCUGGUUCUCUAGCACAAUGUCUACUGGUUCUCUAGCACAAUGUCUACUGGUUCUUUAGCACAAUCUCUUCUGGUUCUCUAGCACAAUGUCUACUGGUUCUUAUGCAACCCUUUCUGAAUGUCAUGGAAAUGCUCAAGUAUAUUUAUUCCUUAAAGAUGAGUCUCUACUUAAACUGUUGCUGGACCAUUUGAUCAAACAGGUUCUACAAGAUGAAGGCUUUGAUGUGCACAGAGGGAUCCAUGUUGUCAUUCUCAAUCAAGCUACGGUAAGAAAAGACAUUAAAAACUUGUGUUGUGAGUUUGACAUGCUGUGUUUCUCAGUAUUCCGCAUCGUACAAAUUUUGUUGCUUUAGAUUCAGAAGUAGGCCUAAUAUAAUAAAGAGCUAAUCAGUCCUAACCUUUUCCAGGAUGAAACUUAAGUUAUACAAAAAAUGUUUUAAGAUAUACACAGGCCGAAAUUAAUUUUGUGUUUAUGAUAUGAUAACAGCUUAUUUUAUGAUAUCAUUUUAUAAAAUAAUAAGUUGCUUUAAAGUUAAAAUAAUAAUUUCUGUAAAACAAACAGAUGAACAAGAAAAAUAAAAUUUAAAUCAUGCUAGUUAACCAGUUGCACAGUAACAUUUUUAAGGCAUAAAAAUAAUUUUAAACUCAAACUAACAUGGAUUGAUUCUGCUAAAGAGUUUAAUUAAUUCAAGAAGCUUGAUCAUAAAAAUGGUUGUAAAUAUCAAUCUGUUUGUUAUGUUCUUUUUUUUUUUUUUUUAAACCACUCUUUUAAUGAUUUUAUUAUGAACUUUCAGGGUAGCAUCAUGGCUAAGAGAGUAUUUGAUACAUACAGCCAGCAGGAGGACGAUGCCAUGGUUCUAUUCUUGAACAUGGUUUCAGAAGGGAGGAUCGUGGUCUUUGCCAUUAAGGUCUGGCUCUUAAGCCUUUCUUUUACAACUUCAAGUUCAUUAUAACUCUUUUAAAAUGAUAUUCAAAUGAGAGCAGUGCUAGCAAUUUAACAAAAUGUGUAUUUCAAAUUCAAAUACCUGAGAAUUUUAGCCUACAACUUGCAAUGACACCUUCAAGGUAAUUUAAUGGGGUAAAUAAAAAUAAAUUAUAAAAAUUUGAUGCUAGUAAAAUUUUCAUUCCAGCCAUGGUGAGAUCAUACUGGAGUCAGGGAACCCCAGCACACACAAGAUUCAGAAUAAGUCAGCAGCAGAGAUGUUAUGUUAUGUAAUGGGGAAAUAUACAAAAUCCUAGGGAAAAUUGAGCACGAACAUUUAUUAAAAUGAUCCCAAUUAUUCUAAUUUCUUUGGUUUUGAUCUGUUCAGGAUGAGGGCUCAUUCCAACUCAAGACGCCAGCUCGGGAGUUUCUCAAGACAUUAGGCAGUGACGAGGCGACCAGCCUCGGAUACAGGGACAUGUGGGCGUUUGUGGCUGUUAAGGGAGGUGGGAAACAUCUCAGUUAAAUUUGUUUGACUUCAGAGAUCAGCAAGGGUAGAUUGGUGAUUAGGUUUAUGGGUAGAUUGGUGAUUAGUUUAAUGGGUAGAUUGGUGAUUAGGUUAAUGAGUAGUUUGGUGAUUAGGUUUAUGGGUAGAUUGGUGAUUAGGUUUAUGGGUAGAUAGGUGAUUAGUUUUGUAUGUAGAGUGGUGAUUAGGUUUAUGGGUAGAUUGAUGAUUAGGUUUGUCCACACAAACACAUUUAGUGGACCACACAAACACAUGUAGUAAUCCACACAAACACAUUUAGUUGUUAUAAAACUUACUGAAGCACCUGGCCAACUGUCCCUUACAUACACUGUUAUAUUUCAUUUUCUUCAUGGAGUUAUAAUUUUAAUUAAUUUAAUUAUUCAACUUAGUAUUUUCUGCCAGUUUCUCUGUUGCCUUCACAGGCAUACCUCUCAUUUACAUAUCUCUCAUUUAAAUAGCUUUCAUUUACAAAAUAGGAAUGUGUGUUAAUGCAUGCUUAAAACUGAAGUCAUGUGACCAGGGAGUCAUUGGGCUCAAGUUUUUUUUUAAGGAUAUGGCUGUAGCUGUACUUUUUCAACUAAUUUUUGUUGUUGUUAAUUGUAUUUUUUUUUCUGCAGGAGCAAAGAUUGGAGAAAAACAUAGCAAAGCAGCUAAUUUAAACUCAUGGGGAGAGAGAGUGGAGCUGAAAGUGGAGGUACCACUUGUUGAAGCAGGAGGUAUUCAUUUAUUUGAUUAAGUGCAUUUUUUGUGUGAUCCAUUUGUUUAUUUUCCAUAUUCAGUAAUUUUGUCUAGUUUAGCAUUGUGCUUGAGUUCCUCUGGGUGAUGCCAUAAAAACUUUAAGCAUUCAGUAAUAAGGGGGGGGGGGAUGAAGACUGCAAUCAGGUUAGCAAAAAAGGAAGUGGGUGAAACAAAGUAUAGGAAAACCUGAAAAAAAAAGGAAUGCAUUAAAACAACACAUUUUUCGGCAAGAAGUCUUCAUCAGCAAACAAGCAACAGUAAAAAUGGAAUUAAAUAAAAAUAACACUUAGCUGAAAUGUAGUAUCCCAGAGGGCAGCAAAAGGACUGUGAAAAGUUAAAAAAAAACCAAAUGCUGCUCAUUUCUAGUAAUCGUUACACUGAAUAUUUCCAGGAAGUGAAUGCUCUUGGCCAGACAACGAAGAAGGCAGAAGAAGAAAAGGGUUCUGCAGCAAGGUUGAAGGCUACGGAAGUGUGUGUAACUGUGAGGGCCCCGCUCCAAUCAGUUUCCAGCCUAACAAAGUGAGUUCGCAAUUUAUGUCUACAGAUAUCAAUUUUCUGUCUCGAAUGAGUUGUAAGUUUAUCAAAAUACUUAAUUCUCUAUGCAACAAUGUCACUGACGCCACCAGAUGGUGCUGAUUUCACUAAGUGAAGUUCCCAAAAACUGCGCUAAAUGAGAUUUAAAUACAGCAAGUGUGUUUGGUGCUUUACAUCUGUAGAUAGGAUUGGACAGAAAAGGUCAAACAAAACGGGUUGUUACAAACCUAAUUCUUACUUAAUAGGUUCGUUGGCUUCGUUGUCUGGGGGGUUUAAUUAUAUACACUUCACAACUAUAAUUCUUAGAUGAAAUACCUUUAUUAAUCAACUAAUUCCUCAACUGCCGUUACUGUAAUCAAAGAACAACACCCCACACCCAAAUCUACAAUAAUAAUACGUCAUAUCCCUUUCCACACAAUACGUCACAAGAUACUAAGAAUAAUAGAUAAAACAACACACAUAAUCUCAAACCAACAGGCAAUUACACUAUACACUCAAUUCCCUAUCACGGGUCAAACACCACGCAGGCUAUAUAUAGAUAUGCCAGAGUGUGGUUAAAUAAUGAGUUCACUAGCCUAGCGCGCAAAAUAUUAUUCCCGAUAACUACGCUAAAUGAUAUAUCUAUUUUUAAUAACGCAAUUGCGUUUGGUGCGUAAUAUUUUCUUUUCGGAAAUGAAAUCGUCUCAAUUUAAGUAUUGUGUAAAAAAUAUUCGGAUUAAAAGUGGUUGGGACAUGAGAGUAUUAAUAUAGUUCAUGGGCGUGAAAUAAAAAGUUUGCAGUGACGUAUCAUUGGGGGAAGGGGUGUAGCAAAUAUUGGGAUUCUUUUAAAUGUGCAUUACUAGAUGGCAAGUUCACGCAUUGCUGUUGCCAAUGUUUGGCGGGCUAUAUCUAGUAUCUUUUAUUUUAUGGAAAUAGUCUCAAUGCAAAUAUGGUGUUUUAAAUGUGCGUUAUAAAAAGGGGGGGGGGUGAGAUAUUAGAAUAUAAAUAUAGUUAAGGGGCUGGGAAAAAACGUGUGGUUGCCAACCUGGGGUUUCCAACCUGGGGAAGGGGGAGUUUAGCACCAAUUGGGAUUCUUACAAAGUGUGUUACUUGAAUGCAUGUUUUUUCAAGUAACUUUAUAAGAUUGGAAGCUCACUCCUAGCCGCGGGCAAUAACUAGUUAUCUUUAUAACUGAGUAAAAAUGAUCAACUUUUCAUUCAGGAUCAAAAUUUAAAAUGCAUGGUAGGCUGCCUCUGGCAAUAAGUCUGACAAGAUAAAUAAGCAAAUGAAUUUUUUUUUUUUUUUUUUUUUGAACCUACCAGUAAGUUUCUAAAUGCUGGUACCUCAGAUGCUAGGAACACUUACAACUGGCGGGCUGAUGAAAACAGGCCACACGCCCAUCCAUCUUGUCAUACUAUAUUUUUUUUGAACCUACCAGUAAGUUUCUAAAUGCUGGUACCUCAUAUGCUAGGAACACUUACAACUGGCGGGCUGAUGAAAACAGGCCACACGCUCAUCCAUCUUGUCAUACUAUUGCCAGAAGCGGGCUACUUUUUCAUAGCCCACCGUGUAGCUUCCACCUAAGUACAUGCACAUCCUUGUAAGAUAAAUAUAGCUAAUCGAAUCGGCAAGCUGACGAAGAAAUAAAUGGUUGUAAGUUUAAGUAACAUCUUGUUUUUAUACCCAACAGCUGCAGGACAACAAAAUCUCUGACAUUCCAAUAGCUGUCAUAGCCAGUGAUAGACCACACUAUUUGUACAGGUAACAAUAGCUGUCACAGCCAGUGAUAGCCCACGCCAUUUCUAUAUAUAAAAAUAGCUGUCACAGCCAGUGAUUGCCCACGCCAUUUCUAUAUAUAAAAAUAGCUGUCAUAGCCAGUGAUUGCCCACGCCAUUUCUAUACAUAAAAAUAGCUGUCACAGCCAGUGAUUGCCCACGCCAUUUCUAUAUAUAAAAAUAGCUGUCAUAGCCAGUGAUAGACCAUACUAUUUGUACAGGUAACAAUAGCUGUCACAGCCAGUGAUAGACCACACUAUUUGUACAGUUAACAAUAGCUGUCACAGCCAGUGAUUGCCCACGCCAUUUCUAUAUAUAAAAAUAGCUGUCACAGCCAGUGAUAGACCACACUAAAUUAUUUGCAUAGGUCACAAGAAUAUAUUUUACAAUAACAUAAUCUGAUAAUUUAGUGCAAUGGUUCCCAACCUGUUUGAAAAUUAAUGAUUUCAAAGAAAUGUUUGUUUCUAAUCAGUGCAUUAAAUUUGAAUAUCAUAUUUUCCUCUGCCUUUCCUGUCAGGGGAUUUUCAAAUUUUCUUCUUUAGGAAACUGAUGAAGUGACAUAAUAAUGUCAGAAUGACACAAGGUUAGCAUUAAUCAAAAGUCAAUUAUGAAUUUUAAAACCUGUUAAUGAGUCACAAUUUCAUUUAUAGCAUCAAUUAUGGCGAUUUUAUUGUAUUUAUAUUGAACUGAAAAGUCUAAUUUCAGUGUGUUUUCUGUUACCCUAUAUAAUACUGUGCAAACCUUUGUUUAACCUUGUAACAGGAUGCAAACCUUAAUCAGGAAUAAAAUAAUAAGAAAACAAUGCUUGUGUAUAUAUUUAUUAUGCUGCAAUAAUUCCUGAUGUAAAGUAAGAAUGGAAAGAAUUGGAAAGAGUUAGAGAAGAUAGGAAAAAACAGUAAGGCGUGGAAAGAUAUUGGUAAUGACCUAUGCUCCACUGGGACUAAAAGUUGGCAAGAUAUUGUUAAUGACCUAUGACCUAUGCUCCACUGGGACUGGGAGUUGGAAAGAUAUUGUUAAUGACCUAUGCUCCACUGGGAGUUGGAAAGAUAUUGUUAAUGACCUAUGCUCCACUGGGAGUUGGAAAGAUAUUGUUAAUGACCUAUGCUCCACUGGGAGUUGGAAAGAUAUUGUUAAUGACCUAUGCUACACUGGGACUAAAAGUUGGAAAGAUAUUGUUAAUGACCUAUGCUACACUGGGACUAAAAGUUGGAAAGAUAUUGUUAAUGACCUAUGCUCCACUGGGAGUUGGAAAGAUAUUGUUUAUGACCUAUGCUCCACUGGGACUAAAAGUUGGAAAGAUAUUGUUAAUGACCUAUGACCUAUGCUCCACUGGGACUGGGAGUUGGAAAGAUAUUGUUAAUGACCUAUGGCCUAUGACCUAUGCUCCUCGGGGAGUUAUUUUCAAGUCUUAAGUUUUCUUUUCCCAGGUUUUGUUAAAUUGUUUGCUAUAUUCCACAGAAUGUUACAAACUUUACUCUGUUAUGUUCCACAGAAUGUUACAGACUCUACUCUCCGUGCCAGGGGCAAACCCUAAAAUGGUCACUGUAUUUAUUGAUGGCUAUUUUGAGGUAUGGAAACUAUUCUUUAAAAAAAAAUGAUUUUCUUACAAUUUAGCGAUUGAAAAAAACUCAAUCAUUUCUGUUAAGUCAGUUAACCACUGUCUUUGGCGGAGGACCACAAGUUAAGGACCCAAAAGGUUAGGACCACAAGCCAGGAUCACAAGCUUUGGACCACAAACUAGGAUAUCGGCUAGUUUUUUUGGAAGCACUUGCUGUGCAAAUAUCAUUAAUUGAUUAAGUUAAAUGAUGGACAAAUUUGUGUUGAAAGUGUUUCAUUGUUUGGCCCUUUGUUAUUUAACACAACUUUUUUUUUUAUUUAGGAUUUUAUAUCCUGUGUACCUUGUCUAUUUCAUGAGCGCUAUGCCAAUAGUUUGUGUACCCCGUCUGUUGCAGGAACCCUAUGCCAAUAGUUUGUGUAACCCGUUUGUUGCAGGAACUCUAUGCCAAUAGUUUGUGUAACCCGUCUGUUGCAGGAACCCUAUGCCAAUAGUUUGUGUAACCCGUCUGUUGCAGGAACUCUAUGCCAAUAGUUUGUGUAACCCGUCUGUUGCAGGAACCCUAUGCCAAUAGUUUGUGUAACCCGUCUGUUGCAGGAACUCUAUGCCAAUAGUUUGUGUAACCCGUCUGUUGCAGGAACCCUAUGCCAAUAGUUUGUGUAACCCGUCUGUUGCAGGAACUCUAUGCCAAUAGUUUGUGUACCCCGUCUGUUGCAGGAACCCUAUGCCAAUAGUUUGUGUAACCCGUCUGUUGCAGGAACCCUAUGCCAAUAGUUUGUGUAACCCGUCUGUUGCAGGAACCCCAUGCCAAUAGUUUGUGUAACCCGUCUGUUGCAGGAACUCUAUGCCAAUAGUUUGUGUAACCUGUCUGUUGCAGGAAUUCUAUGCCAAUAGUUUGUGUACCCCGUCUGUUGCAGGAACCCUAUGCCAAUAGUUUGUGUAACCCGUCUGUUGCAGGAACUCUAUGCCAAUAGUUUGUGUAACCCGUCUGUUGCAGGAAGCCUAUGCCAAUAGUUUGUGUUAACCCAUCUGUUGCAGGAACCCUAUGCCAUCACAAAGUUGUUCGGUCUGAGAGGUAUUCAGCAUACACCGUUAGGCCUGAAGAAUGCCAGGAUAUCUCAGCAUUACAAAGCAAGCCUUACAGCAACAUUCAAUUUAAAUCCAGUGAGCUUCUUUUUGUUCAACAACGAUUUUAUUUCUUCAAAUUAUGAAGUAUUUUAGAUAUGAGUUAUUAGAACAUAUUUUAGAUAUAAAUUAUGCUGAAUUAUUAGAAGGUAUUUUAGAUGUAAAAUGAGGAUGAAUCAUUAGAACUGAGACUUCCUACAAUAACCAAAUCCUAAUUCAAAUUUGUAUUAAAACCUACUCAUUGAGUACAUAUUUUCUUCCAAUGUUAAAUGAACAUAAAAAGCAUUCUCAAUUAUUCCUAUUUAUGUGUCCAUCCUCUUCUCAAACAUGUUUGUAUCCGUGUGUCCAUCUUAUUAUCAGAAAUUGUAUCCGUGUGUCCAUCCUAUUCUCAGACAUGUUUGUAUCCAUGUGUCCAUCUUAUUAUCAGAAAUUGUAUCCGUGUGUCCAUCCUAUUCUCAGACAUGUUUGUAUCCGUGUGUCCUUCCUAUUCUCAGACAUGUUUGUAUCCAUGUGUCCAUCAUUUUCUCAGACAUGUUUGUAACCAUGUGUCCAUCCUAUUCUCAGCUAUGUUUUGAUCCAUGUGUCCAUCCUUUACUAAGACAUGUUGGUAUCCAUGUGUCCAUCCCAUUCUCAGCUAUGUUUGUAUCCAUGUGUCCAUCCUAUUCUCAGACAGCUCAGUACGCCAUUGUUGUGGAAGAAGAUCUGACAGUGUCCCCAGAUUUUUUCAAGUAAGUAUUACAUCCCCCUCUACCAUUGUUGGCUGCCACCUGAUUUCAUGCAUCUUUUCACCAGUCAUCAUUUCAUAGUUGGCAACUGUCGCCUACUACCAUCGGCAGAGUUGCAUUUUUUAUCUUUACUUUUUUUCAAUGCCAUAAAGUUUGAAUGAUAGUUACUUUUAUAGUUGACAGUUUGAAUGAUUGUUACUUUCAUAGUUGACAGUUUGAUUGAUUGUUACCUUGAAUUCUUGUUGGAAUAAUAGUUACCUUGUCCUCUUGUGGACAGUUAUUUUAGCCAAACCAAACACCUGCUGGAUGAAGACUCAAGUCUCUACUGUAUAUCAGCAUGGAAUGAUCAGGUGAGUGACUCAGGAAAUCUGGCCACAUGUUUGUGUCAUCCUAUUGCUAUCAAUGGAAUCAGACAGAUCGAGAUAAAAUCAAUCUGAUACCUCGGCAACGUAAGCAAUCUGUAUUUUCAGUAGGUCAUUGAGACCAUCAUAGAUUAAUAAGCAAACUGCCAUUUGAACACGCCAUUCAAGCCAUCGUUAAACAGUUAGCCUGUAAACUUACCAAUCUUAAUUUAACUGACCUAUCAGGGCUAUGAUCAUUCCUGCAAAGAUCCCCGCAUGUUGUAUCGCAUUGAAACAAUGCCAGGCCUGGGCUGGAUGCUGAAACGUUCACUGUACAAAGAUGAGUUGGAGCCCCAAUGGCCUACACCAGAAAAGGUGGGCUAUCAUGUUGUGUACAAGUUGGGGUGGACCACAAGAAUUGGUCAUUUAUUAUGUUGUGUAAAAGUUGGGGUAGACCACAAGCAUUGGUCAUUUAUUAUGUUGUGUAAAAGUUGGGGUAGGCCACAAGAUUUGGUCAUUUAUUAUGUUGUGUAAAAGUUGGGGUAGACCACAAGCAUUGGUCAUUUAUUAUGUUGUGUAAAAGUUGGGGUAGACCACAAGAAUUGGUCAUUUAUUAUGUUGUGUAAAAGUUGGGGUAGACCACAAGAAUUCGUCAUUUAUUAUGUUGUGUAAAAGUUGGGGUAGACCACAAGAAUUCGUCAUUUAUUAUGUUGUGUAAAAGUUGGGGUAGACCACAAGAAUUGGUCAUUUAUUAUGUUGUGUAAAAGUUGGGGUAGACCACAAGAAUUAGUCAUUUAUUAUGUUGUGUACAAUUUGGUGUAGACAUAUCAAAGGUAUAAUAAGCUGUAUAAAAGUUGUGGUAGACUACAAGAAAAGGUAUAUUAUGUUGUAUUAAAGUUGGGGUGGACCACAAGAAAAGAUAUAUAUUAUGUUGUAUUAAAGUUGGGGUAGAUCACACCUAAUGGUGGAUUGUUAUUGCUUUUAGACAUUGUAUUAAUGGUGGAUUGUUAUUGCUUUUAGACAUUGUCCUAACGGUGGAUUGUUAUUGCUUUGAGACAUUGUCCUAACUGUGGAUUGUUAUUACUUUUAUACAUUGUAUUAAUGGUGGAUUGUUAUUGCUUUUAGACAUUGUCCUAACGGUGGAUUGUUAUUGCUUUGAGACAUUGUCCUAACUGUGGAUUGUUAUUACUUUUAUACAUUGUAUUAAUGGUGGAUUGUUAUUGCUUUUAGACAUUCUCCUAAUGGUGGAUUGUUAUUGUUUUUAGACAUUGUCCUUACGGUGGAUUGUUAUUGCUUUUAGACAUUGUCCUAUUGGUGGAUCAUUAUUGCUUUGAGACAUUGUCCUUAUGGUGGAUUGUUAUUGCUUUUAUACAUUGUCGUAAUGGUGGAUAAAUUUCACCUUUUCUUUAAAUGUAAAUCUUCAUUGUCAAUCUGCUUGCAUCUAUUCAUGAUUCAGAGUCCAAUAAAAUAAAUAAUGUCCCCGAAAUUUCCUUUCAGCAAUGGGAUUGGGAUAUGUGGAUGAGAAAUCAAGCUAUCCGCAAGGACCGGGAAUGCAUCAUACCGGACAUAAGCCGCACUUACCACUUUGGUUCAAAGGGGCUCAAUAUGAAUCCCUAUUUCCAGGAAAUUUAUUUCAAGAAACACUCUCUAUUGUCUGAAGGGGGAAUUGAGUUAAAAGAUAUAGAUAGGUAAGUCUGUAAAAGUAGAUGUAGGAAAACAGAUAGUUAAGUGUAUAAAAUUAGAUCUGGGAUUAUAGAUUGGUAGUCUAUAAAAGUAGAUGUGUGAAAAUAGAUAGGUAAAUGUAUAAAAGUAGAUGUAGGAAAAUAGAGAGUAAGUCUAUAAAAGUAUAUCUAAGAAUAUAGAUAGGUAAGAAUAUAAAGGUACAUUUAGGUAAAUUGAUAAGUAUGAAUAUUAAAGAAGAUUAAUGAAAAUGGAUAGUUAACAAUAUAAAAAUAGAUUUAGGAAAUAAGAUAGGUAAGAAUAAAAAAGUAGAUUGAGGAAAAUACAUAGGUAAAUAUAAAUAAAGUAGAUUUGUGAAAAUAGAUUGGUAAAAAUCUAAAAGUAGAUUUAACCUGGGUUUAUUCUUGCAAUUGGCAGGAAUAAAUAUUAUGAUAGAAAAUGGUAUAAAGUUAACGAGUGGAUGAAUGAUACACUGCAACUGUGGUGACCAAUUAAAAAGAUAUUCUGUUGUAAUAUGUUUUUUAAAUCCUUGUCUUUAUUAAAUUUUCUAAUGAAUACCGCAUUUGUUUUUAGGUUGAAGAAGGAUGAAUAUGAAAAGCUGAUAUCAGAGCUGAUAGCCCAAGCCGAUCCCAUUGACCACAGUAAACUUCCAUGCAGUGAAGAUUUUAUUCCUAGUCAUUUGCCAAAGGUAUGUUUCAUAAUCUGUUCAGAUACUUGACCCAUUCAACUUUAUGUCAUGCUGUAAGAAUUGGACACUUGACCCAUUCAACUUUAUGGCAUGCUGUAAGAAUGGGACACUUGACCCAUUCAAUUUUAUGUCAUGCUGUAAGAAUGGGACACUUGACCCAUUCAACUUUAUGUCAUGCUGUAAGAAUGGGACACUUGACCCAUUCAACUUUAUGUCAUGCUGUAAGAAUGGGACACUUGACCCAUUCAACUUUAUGUCAUGCUGUAAGAAUGGGACACUUGACCCAUUCAAUUUCAUGUCAUGCUGUAAGAAUGGGACACUUGACCCAUUCAACUUUAUGUCAUGCUGUAAGAAUGGCAGGGAUUGUCUUGGCAAGUCAAAUUAUAAAUAUUUCUGUCAAGCCAUGAGAAACCACAAGGCAGGUCCACAUGGCACAUACAACAUCGUGCCACUUUUGGAGUUGAAUAUAACACGGUAUAAAUGAGGUGUUUUUGUGUGUCAGGGGGUGGCACUUUUGGGAGCCAACCCCAGGCAGAAUUUAGUCCAGGUAUGCCGCCACUGCAUACUUAAACAUUAACAUGCAUGGGAUUUACAAAUAGGUUAUCACUAGGCCUUCUGUUCAUUGGUUUACAACAAAUAUAAGUUAUCACUAGGCCUUCUGUUCAUUGGUUUACAACAAAUAUAAGUUAUCACUGGGCCCUCUGUUCAUUGGUUUACAACAAAUAUAAGUUAUCACUAGGCCUUCUGUUCAUUGGUUUACAACAAAUAUAAGUUAUCUCUAGGCCUUCUGUUCAUUGGUUUACAACAAAUAUAAGUUAUCACUAGACCUUCUGUUCAUUGGUUUACAACAAAUAUAAGUUAUCACUAGGCCUUCUGUUCAUUGGUUUAGAACAAAUAUAAGUUAUCACUGGGCCUUCUGUUCAUUGGUUUACAACAAAUAUAAGUUAUCACUAGGCCUUCUGUUCAUUGGUUUACAACAAAUAUAAGUUAUCACUGGGCCUUCUGUUCAUUGGUUUAGAACAAAUAUAAGUUAUCACUGGGCCUUCUGUUCAUUGGUUUACAACAAAUAUAAGUUAUCACUAGGCCUUCUGUUCAUUGGUUUAAAACAAACAUUUGACUCCACUCAUUGGCACUUAAACUUCCUGUUAGUUUGGGUUUUCUAAAAUAUUCUUUUUUCAUAAAUGAAGAUUUCUUAAACUUCAUCUGUCUCCCAUUCUUGAUUUCCACAAGAAAUGAAUGCCAUCAAGACUUUUGCCACACAAUAAUGAUGGUAUGUACAUGUGACACUAUAUGUCACCCAGUAAUGAUGGUGUGCACAUUUUGUAUAACCUUAAAGGAUUCCUUUUUUCCCCAGAGUGCAAUAUCCUCUGUUUACAUCAGCAUGGAGUCACCAACUGACUUUGACACAUGGAAGGUGCUGGCUAAAUGCCUGCACUUGUGGGAUCUGGACGUCAGGGGAUUCCACAAGAGUAUGUGGAGACUCUUCUUCAACAACCAUCAGCUCAUAAUUAUUGGAACACCUGCUUCACCUUACUCAGUUACAAAACCGGCAAAUAUUGAACCCAUAAAGGCUAAACAAGAGGAGGUAACUCACAGGUAGCCUGGCUUCGGACAGCACGUUGUUGUACAUGAUACUUUCACACGGCUAAUAUGUGAUUUACAGUGUUGUGAGAUGUGUUGCUUGUUACUGUUAGGGGAUCUGUUGGUUGUUACUGUUGGGUGAUCUGUUGGUUGUUUCACAGUGCUGGGGGGGGGGGAUGACCUGUUGACGGCUUCACUUUUUCAUAUCAUAUAAUAAUAUUGUUUGUUAAUUUAUAAAAGUUGUUACUGGCGUCAUAAAUAAUUGGUCACAGACUUCUUGAUAUUGACAUGAUUUGGAAAAAAAAACACAUUUUUUCAUGGAUGCAAAUUGAAAGCAAAAAUAUCUUCAUAUUGACAUGAACAGCUAAAAGCAAUUUUAUUCAUUAAGUAGUUUUGUUACAAAAACAAAUAUUCUAACAUGGCUGUCUCUUCACUGAAAAGAUCUUAUUAGUUUGUAUUUUUUAAAGUGACAGAGCAUGAAAAUAUAUUUUACUAUUUAAAAAUGCCUGGUCAAUUUGUAAAGUAUAAAAUUUUAAUUUAAAAAAAAAAAUAUGUAUAGUUUAUACAGGCAUAUACAGAUUAGAAUGUGAAUUAUUUCUGUUAAAAUUUUUUUUUAAUGAAUUGAGAUAAUUGAUGUUUAUGUUAUUGAGAUUAUUUUAAUUUGUGUCUAGAUUGUAACAUGUGUGCUUAGAUUGUAAAAUUUCAAUCUAGAAUUGUAACUUGUGAUGGAAUGAACUGAGACAGUCAUGUAUACUUCAUUUAUAAGGCAUCACCGUAACUUCCCCUCAUAUUUACUGCUGAUCUAUCAUAAUAGAACUUCAGUUAUACAUUUCAUUUUUGUAAACAAAAUAUACAUUCAAACUUGUUAAUCAUAUUUUUAAUCAUUUUAAUUCAUUGUUUAAUGCCAUUUUUGGAAUAAGAAUCCCAUAAUGAUUGAAACAUUAAUGUACAUAUGAUGCCAAAUUAAUAUAUAAUAUAAAAAUAUACAAGCAACCCUCAUACAGAAAAUUAUCUUCAAGGAAAAAAAAAGAACUCCACAAAUGACCAGAUGUUUCUCUUAACUUUUACCGUAAUUGAUUGUAUAUUUAAACUGUUACUUUUAAACAAUUUUGUUGCUGGUCUGUACAUUUUUUUAUCAUGGGCAUUUGUUUUUAGAUAUGAAUUGAUAUAUGAAGGGUUCAAGGGAAAAACCAGUGAUGUCAGGUUUUUAGAAAAAUUGAUAAUAAAGUUUUAAAAUUCCUCAUGAAAACAUCAAAAUGUCUAAAUAUUUAUUUAUUGACUAUGCUGUUUUUUCAGUUGGGCCUAUGUGUCAGAUUAUUCUAUUGAAUGGAAUGUAGCCACACAGGAGAUAACUUGCAAAUUUAAAAAAACUGACAUCACUGGAUUUUCCCUUGAACUUGAACCCUUCAUAUGGAUUAAUGUACAGAUUAAUAUAUGGAUUAAUGUGUUGAUUUAGUUCUUGGCAACUAAGUUUAUAACAUAAAAACACAAAUCAGAAGUCACAGAAUGUGAGUUCAGGGCAGAGAUUUCCAAACUCACACACCUUGGAACCCCACACCUUGAAUCCCCACACCUAAGACCCCCUCACCUUUAACCCUCUCACCUUGGACCCCCUCACCUUGAAUCCCCACACCUUGAAUCCCCAUACCUUGAAACCCCACACCUUGGACCCCUCACCUUGGACCCCCUCACCUUGGAACCC